UGUCACCGAGUGUCACGCCGCCCUCCCCGCCCCUCCGCCGGGGGUGUGGGAGCGCAGCGGAGCGCGCGGCAGAGGGCCGGGCGCUUGGGGACGCGGGAGUGCGGGGUUCUGGGCGAGCCGCGCGGCACACCGAGCACGCUGGACGCCUGAGCUCGGCGCGGAGCCCGGAGCCCGGAGCCCGGAGCCGGCCGCCACCCGCCUCCUGUGCCCUGGGCGGCAGUCCCGGCCGCGGCAGCCCGGCUCCCGGGGAGCGCGCCCCGCCAUGGAGCCUUCGCACAAAGACGCCGAGACGGUGGCAGCGGCGGCGGCGGUGGCUGCGGCGGCGGCGGCGGACCGGGGGACGUCCUCGUCCAGCGGGGUGGUGGUGCAGGUCCGCGAGAAGAAGGGCCCCCUGCGCGCCGCCAUCCCCUACAUGCCCUUCCCCGUGGCCGUCAUCUGUCUCUUCCUCAACACUUUCGUGCCGGGACUGGGGACGCUCGUCUCGGCGUUCACCGUGCUGUGUGGUGCCCGCACUGACCUCCCGGACAGGCACGUGUGCUGCGUCUUCUGGCUGAACAUCGCUGCGGCUCUCAUCCAGAUGCUCACGGCCAUCGUCAUGGUGGGCUGGAUCAUGAGCAUCUUCUGGGGCAUGGACAUGGUCAUCCUCGCCAUUUCCCAAGGCUACAAGGAGCAGGGCAUCCCACAGCAGCUGUGAGCCCGGGCGAGCCACUGAGAAGCCCGGUGUCCAGGAGGGCCACGUCGGGCAGAGGCGGGCACGGGGUCUUCACAUGUUCUCUUCUGCCGCUUCCCGGGUUUGGAGUGGAAAGAGGGGACUUAAAAAUAUUAUUUAUUUUGAAAACGCAUCUGCUUUUCUCAGCAGGCUCUAAGGGCUACCAGCUCCUCCCGCUGCUCCAGACAGCCCUGUAGUGCAGACACACAGGGCAUCUGGGCUGGGUGGGGAGUGGGAUGGAGAUGGGAAUGCCUAGAGAGAGGCAGGAGCGCCCCGGCCCGGACCGCUUCGCGUCACCCGCUGCCCACUGCGAGGGCGCGAGGGGCCGCCAGUCCAGGCAGCAGUGGCCCCGUCCUGACGAGCAGGGCUCGUCAAGGGGCAGGACUGCAGCGGACACCUCCUCCGGGUGCCCAGCCCCUGCCAGAUUGGUCUCCUGGGGGCAGCGGGAGUGAGGAUGGACAGACUCCAGCCCAGUGUGGAAAGGCCUGCUGUGCCCUCAGCUGUCAGGGGGACGGAUCCCUGCAGGUGUCUGCUGACCCUAAUGCAGCCCUCACCUCCUCGCCCCUGAAAUCUCCAGGCCUGGGUGUGUUUGACCUUUGUUUCCCUGGGAAGGAGGGCAGUGGCUCCAUUCCCGGGGCGAAACUGCUGGAAUUGCCGGAUAUUCAUUCACAAAUUUACCAACCCAGGCUUGCAUGGGCAGCCUUUCCCGUUAUACUUAACACCAUUUGGGGUCCACACUUUUCCUGAAAUCCUUGGGGCCGAAUGGGUCUCUGACGUGACAAAUUUUGCAUCUGAGGAGGAGAAUAAGAGAUAUUUGCCGUACAUUUCCUUACAGCCCGGCAGAAUCUGGACAGCGCACCACCAUCAAACGCGCGACCAUUUCUGCAGAGAAACAUGUGAAUAGUCAGACUAAUUAGGAUCAAUAAAACUGUAAAUAGCCUUACCACAG